CAAAAAUAAAAGAAAACGCACAGGAAGAAUCCAAGCAAGAUUGACCAAGAUCCUGCAACCAAACCUACAAGUCCAUCCAUUUUUGGCUACAAAAAAGCAUCCAAAUUUCUCCAGUGCCCUCAAUGUCACCCUCGAGAGUAUGCCAUGGUAAAAACCCUGCACCUAAAUUCAUAAAAUAAAAGGAAAAAAUAGUGAAGAGGGUUUGAAAAAUUAACGUCGAUAAUCAGAAGAAAGAUAGAAUCAAUCAAAAUGGGUUCGUUUAUAAAUUAUGUAAGAAGGAUUUUUUAUGUACCUGAAACCACCUACUUUCCUUUUGCAGAUAUAAUUUUUAUCUUGAAAAGGGCCAUUUAAGAUAAGAUGUACAUAGUUGGUAAUGAAAAGGGACAUCUUUUAUCGACAGUCUUGUCAACCUUGCUCUGGAUGUCAUAUGAGACCCUCUCCACCCCAAGAUUCAUGUCCUACGAGAUUUGAGUGUCCACAAAAUUCACCACGUCAAAUAUGCAUCGUACCCCCUAUACAACAAGGACCACGAUGGAAGCCCUGUUGUAUCCGGAAGAACGGACACCCCUGUUCAGCCCACUCUCGUCCACGUCGAACCCUCAGAUUCAAUGCUUCCGAGCUGGCCUCUCAAUACUAGAUCAGGAUCAGCAUCCGCAACCGAAAAUUAGAACAGCCGUAUCCGAGAAAUUGCCCCAGGCAGAAGAAAGGAAAUCGGCCAAAGUCAAGUUCUCUCCAACUGAAUUGAGAUUGUGCCGAUUUCAAGAAAGCUCGUCGAAAGUUCGAGAGAGCAGGGUUCAGCAGCCGCCCAAGCCGGGAAUGUCAACUUAUCCAAGUUCUUUUUUUUUAUCUCACAUCAGAGUGACUCAGGACUAACUUGACCUCAGCCAUGCUCAGCAUUCAGAAUGCGCUGAUAGUUCUCGAAGUCAUCCUUAAGCUAAGUCUCAUACUUUCAGGCAAGGGCUUUUUAAUAUUUAUCAGCUUUUUUUAAAUUCAGGAGUUCAUUUAUAUGAACAAUCAGUGAAAUGACAUUUAAGUGUUCUCAAUGAGAUUUCAGCCACAAAUAAA